AUGGAUUCCCGUCGCCGUGCUGAUCGGUCCUUCCAGGAUCUCCUCAAGGCUGAGCGUGACGAGACCGAAAAUGUCAAUGCAGCUUGGCACCGGGCCUUGGGCAGAUUCAACUCGCAGGAUCCCAAGGGCGAGUACAUCCGUGACUUGAUCAACAGCUGCACCGAGAUCCCGCUGGCGCUUCGGGUCGGAUAUGCCAAGCCAACUGGUCCGGAGGGAUUUCCCAACAAUUCCAAUCGCCUCCCCGCAGUCAAUGCAGCUGGUCUGAACCACAUUCUCUCGCAGUGCAAGCCUAAUGAUCCCGUGGCCCGGGAGAUGAUGCUGAACAACACUAUGCGUCUCAUUCAGUCUGGCGCUGUCGAAAAGCUUGGCUUUAAUCCUGAAAUUGCCUCUGACGCCCCUGGUGAUGUGGCCAUGACUGAUAAUGAUGUGGCCAUGACCGACGCCUCGUCUUCCACCGUCGAAGUCGUGGAUGGCAAACUCACCGUUACUAUCCGACCUGACAGUCAAUCCGAUGCCCUCGAGGAUGACGACGAGGAGGAAGAAGAAGAUCAUUUGAUUGAUCUCUCCCGUGUCCAGGAAGCCCACCGUCGCCUCUAUUCGGCCAUGGGAGGAUACCCAGAUGAUGUCAGUCUGUAG